AGUGUUGGGGGAGUUGGGGGAGUGUGUGUGUGAUGCUACAACCUCCUUAUAAAGGGACUCUCUCUCACGUUGUGGCUUGGAAAUUAGAGCACAUUGCCUAAAAUUGAGGUCUCCACACACACACACUCUCACACACGCCGAGUCACCGAGAGCCACUGCCAUGAACUGGAUGAACGUUGAGGAGACGCUCCGCAGGGCCGAGACGCCUCUCUUCUGGGUCGGUGCGUUCACCGUGGCCUCCCUGGCGCUGUGGCUGCUCUACAGGCUGCUCUCAGGCUUUAGGAUCUGGGUCUUGGGGAACGGGCAGCUGCUCUCUCCGACGCUGGGCAAAUGGGCAGUUGUGACGGGAGCCACGGAUGGAAUCGGGAAAUCCUAUGCGGAGGAGCUGGCUCGUCGAGGAUUUGCCAUGAUGUUGAUCAGCCGCUCGCAGGACAAGCUGGAUGACGUGGCCAGGUCGCUUGAGGAGCAGUACAAAGUGGAGACCAGGACCAUUGCGGUUGACUUUGGCAAGACAGACAUCUACUCCAAGAUCGAGGCGGGACUGGCUGGUCUGGAGAUUGGCGUUCUUGUCAACAAUGUUGGUGUGUCCUACCCGUAUCCUGAGUACUACCUCCACAUUCCUGAUCUGGAAAAUUUCAUCACAAACAUGAUCAACGUGAACAUGACCUCGGUGUGCCAGAUGACCCGUCUGGUGCUGCCCAGAAUGGCUGAGAGGUCCAAAGGAGUUGUCCUCAACAUCUCGUCUGCCAGUGGCAUGUACCCUGUCCCUCUGCUUACAGUCUAUUCUGCCACAAAGGCCUUUGUGGACUUCUUCUCUCGUGGCCUUCAGGAGGAGUACAGGCGUCAGGGCAUCAUCAUUCAGAGCGUACUGCCCUUCUUUGUGGCCACUAAAAUGACUCGUAUCAGGAAGCCCACCCUGGACAAGCCCACCCCAGAGCGUUAUGUGGCAGCUGAGCUCACCACUGUGGGUCUGCAGAGCCAGACCAAUGGCUACUUCCCUCAUGCUGUCAUGGGUUGGGUGACUACCAAGCUGGUGCCAAGCAGCAUCGUCAUCUUCCUGGGAGCCAGGAUGAACCGUCUGCAACGCACUGGAUACCUGCAGCGGAGGAAACUGCGAGAGCAGAAAAACGGCACAAGCUUGAAGAGUGAAUAGGAAGAGUGCGAUGAAACUCCAGACCGCCACUCUGUUCUGACCCGAGGCUGCGUUUAAGGAAAAGAGACUGUGUUUGUAUCUGAGUGAUUGAUCCACUUGAGGUUUACCUGAGAGUUCACCUUUGUGGCUUCAAUAAAUGUGCACAUCGACGCAUGUUCAUGAUAAAUAGGGCAACCUCUGGCCUGAUGUGGUGUUUGGAGAGAAAUGGCAAAAGAAGGUAUGAGCUGAAAUGAUAAUGAAAUGCUGCUCUUGGCAAAGGACUUAAAGGACAUACACUGAUGGUGGAAAUAAUGCAGUCAAAAAAAUUAGUAAUUUGUUAAUCCUGCUGUUGUAAGCAGUGGAAAACGGUGGUGGGCAUUUUUUAUAUACAUGUAUAAUUAUUUAUUUUACAUGAAAACAUGAGCCAAACUCAUACCUUGAGACUAGAUUUCAAACUGUUUACAAAAGCCAUUUAAAGAUGGCAAACUCUGCUUCCUAUCAUGUCAGUUUACUAGCAUUACUGAACUGUUAUCAUCAUACAUUGGCUCAUAGGUUUUUUCCAUAAUAUUGUGUGCUUACUGUAUGUUUAAAAUACGUGGUGGUGGGUUGUUGCUGCACCAAUAUAAGUCUUGUUCUAAACAAAGGUUUUUUUUUGUAGUUUAUCACUGUUGCGUUAAGCACAAGUGCCUUUCUACUGACAUUAAUGCUGGAAACGGUCAGAUUCAAUGAGCGGGUAUUGACUGGCUAAAAAUGUGUUGGGAAAGGAUGCAAGUGAACUGGUGCUAUGUCCCUGUGAACAAACUCUCGGAAUCAAAAUGUAAAACCGUAAUAGACGAAGGAAAACCUCUUUCACAUGAAGUUCGUCUAACGUUUUGGAAGUAUUACAGAAGUAUUUUACAUCAUUAGUAGUUUUGUCACUUUUAAAUGCAGACGCAUACUACUAUGUGUUUGCUGGAAAACUGGAGAACUGCCCCUCUUUACACAGUUCGAGCACAUUUGCCCACAGAUGACCUGACCUGACCUGUGCCUCCGCUAUGCUGCCUUGUGAAUGCUUUUCCUCUGUAAAGUCUUUUAAACUCCCUGAAAAUUAAAAUUUGAAUUUCUAUAUGUAAAAUGCACUGUUUACAUUUAUUUUGCUCAGAACUUGUUUUAUAUGGUUUGUUAAUAAAAGCUCUAGUAUACAGCA